CCGCCCCCAGGGCAUAAAUCCAGGUGCGCUCACCUGGCGCGCAGGUAAAGGCUGCCGCUCUCCGCCAUGGCUAACUCGGGCUUGCAGCUGCUGGGCUUCGCGCUGGCCUUGCUGGCCCUCAUCGCCAACAUGACGGCCACCAUCCUGCCCCAGUGGAAGGUCUCCUCCUUCGCCGACGGCACCAUCAUCACCGCGCAAUCCUAUUACAUCGGCCUGUGGAUGGAGUGCGUCGUUCAGAGCACCGGGCAACUCCAGUGCAAGAUCUACGACUCCAUGCUGGGACUGGAGAGUGA